UCACAACAUGAAUAAUAUUGAAUAACGACUUUACAACAAACUAGCUUCAUAUCUUCCUCAGGCAUUCGUGAAAAUUUCGUGCAGAAUGCAGAUGUUUUCAUGCUAACUUGAAGCAUAGUUAUUCGUUACUCGUAUUGACAAAGUUUCAGUAUUGCGAUUACGUACUUAUCAUCAGUUAAUUUUCGCGAAAUUAUUCAAAAGAGCAGCUCAGCAUUUCGUGACGCAGGUAAAACUAUUUAGUAAUUUUGAAUAUUUGAACAUCGGUUCGAAGAAUUAUUGUGAUUUUUUCGCAAUAAGUACAGCGAAGAAGAUUCGCGAUACAUCGGAGAACGACCAUUUUGUCGUAUACAGCGGAGAAAGCGAUUUGUUCGCAAUACAUCGAAAUCCUUUUUUGAAACUAUUGUUCAGAUGAGUUCUGGAGAUGAGAGAACCGAUGGCUUCAAAAUCAAAAUCAACCUUCGGAGGGGGAUGAAAAGAAGCGGAAAAAAAUCAAAAAAAUGGCAAAUAAUACGAGAUCAGAAUAUUUGUAUUUCUCGUAACAACGACUACGAAACAUUUCAACAAGAACUCGCUUUGACCAAAAACACGAUUUAUAGGAAACGAGACACGCCAGCUGAGUAUCUAAGUAGCGAUGAUGACGAAACGUUGCUUCAGAAACAUAGUACUCGUACAUUGAGACGUCGAGAUUUGGAUUCUGGUUCAUCCACCAGUGAUGAUGAUGAUGAUGAUGACGAUGAAACAUCGAGACAGAAACUCGACGAUUCUGUAAAUAUAAUUUCUCCCGGUGAAAGAAACGACGAAUAUAUGAACGAUAUCAGGAAAGAGGUAGAAAAAGUGGCCAAAGAGGAAGGAAAAUGGCUAAAAAAUUCGAAUGACAGUUUUUCAAGCAUAACGAGCAGCGACGAUGAUGCCGAAACAUCAGAACAUGAUAUUGCUUCUUCUCAUAAAGUGAGUUCUCUCGGAGAUAAAAAUGUUAAAUAUACUGGCGAUGUACGAAAGGAGGUUGAAAAAUGGGCGAAAGACUCGGGAUAUUGGCAAGACGAGUCCGAUACGGAUGAUUCGAGCUCCGAUGACUCAAUUACAGACACUAGUGUUCGUGAUGAAGCAAAUGAUGAGUCCACGGACGAUAUUCAGGAGUUGGAAGAAUACGCGGAAGAUCCACAAGAUUCUCAAGGUCGAGAUUCCAGCGAUGAAUCUUCAAACGUGAACGAUGUCACAGCAGUUGUAUCCGAACUCGGUGUUUUUACUCGUGGUAAUACGGAUGAUGCCACUGUGGUUCCUCAAGAUAAACUUGGCGAAGACAGCGAAGAUAACGACGAACGAAACGAGCCAGAAAUAUCUGCUGACGAAUCAAAUGGUGGUUUUCCGAGCGAUUGCGAAGUUGUAUCACCAAACCUCAGCGUUCAUAGCGUGGAAACAGACUCCACUGUGAUUUCUCAAGAUGAAAUGAGCGAAGACGACGGCGUUCAAAAAGAGACGAAAACAUCAGUCGGCGAAUCACAGCAAUGUAAAAAAGAAUCCGAUGGUGGUUGUGCGAGCGGUGACAAUGGCGAAGAAUUCAAGCUCAAAUUUAGCGCUUCCAAUAAACUAGCAGAUAUGUUUUCCCAAAACCUACAAAACGAACAAGACCUUCGACAGCGAAUAAAGUUGUAUUUGAACGAUGAUGAUGGUUUAAGCGAAGACGAAACAAAUUUCUUACAUGAGAAGCUAGCUGAAGUUAAAGAACAAUUGGAGUCCUUCAGAAAGAAAAAGAAAGCUAAGAGUUCCAGCAACUUGGAUGAGAAAAAAGCAUCUAGCGUGCAGCCAGUGGAAUUUAAGCAGAAACAUGACGAGAAUCCUCGAAAUAAAAAAAAAUACGACGAUCGUGAUGAAGUAUGUUCGCCAAUGGAUUGGCUUAAUACUACUUCCACUUAUCUCAGUCAUCUCAACUUCUCAAGUACUCGACUAGCAGAAUCUGACGUCAAAAUCGAAACAAUCAAAUUGGAAAAGAAAAUGGAGGAUUCUCGAAACGAGAAAGAUGACAGCUCCGAUGGGGAUUUUCCCACACCCAUACGUAUAAAAGUCGAAGAUUCUCGAAACGAGAAAGAUGACAGCUCCGAUGGGGAUUUUCCCAAACCCAUACGUAUAAAAGUCGAAGAUUCUCAAAACGAGAAAGAUGAACGCUAUGUUUCGCAUUGCCCCAAACCCAUACCUAUAAAACUAGAAGCUGAUGACCGCUAUGUUUCGCAUUGCCAUAAACCCAUACCUAUAAAACUAGAAGCUGAUGACCGCUAUGUUUCGGAUUGGCCCAAACCCAUACCUAUAAAACUAGAAGCCAUCAAAGACAAAGAGGAUGAUUCUUACAAUGAAAAACGAUAUGAUCGGUACGAUAAAGAUUAUAAUCGAGAGAUCGAGGUAAAUCCGCAAUCAGGUCUCGACAGCGGAAGAUCUUCAAGAAUGUCCGCAGAAGUUGAACAAAAGUGCAGUUACACCAGAAAAGAGGACUUUGGAAAUGAGAGAAAUUACCAUUACAAUUACGACCAACAGAAGGAAGUGAAACAGCCAAUGGUUCAUGGCAGUUCUUCUAGAAGCUUACUUGAUUGGAGUAGUAUUUCUACCGACGGAGGAAGAUCCUACAGAGUUGGAAGAGAACUCGAUGCUACUACAAAACAGAGUUCUGGAAAUGGGAAAAGAAAUCUCUACCAUCCCCCGAUUAUGUAUUACAAUAAUCGAGGCUACCAUCAUAACAAAAUGAACCGGUACACGGGUCAUGGGUAUUUUUACAGCAGCCCCAAUAGACGAACAACUACAGAAUCUAAUCGAAAAAACGAUUUUAUCAGAAAAGAAAGAGAGAAACGGACUGGGCGGCUCUACAGCGAGAAAACGGCAGGAUCUGGACGCUACAAAGGACAGAAUAAUGAGCUACGAUCUCCCAAAGAUGUCAGCAGCCUCAACCAACCUAAACGCUACUACAAACCACCGAAUAGUGAGCUACAAUCCCGCGAAGUUCUCAGCAGGAUCGAUCAACUAAAAAGGCUCCAAGAAGCACAGAUCGCAAAACUUGAUCGAAAACUUGAUGCUAUUAUCAGAAAAGAAAGAAAGGAACUUGAGAAGAUUGAAGAAGCUCCAACACCAAAAACACGAUCUCGUACGCCCCCCGGUACACGACGGUCCUUCAGGAAUCAACAGAGUUGUGCUUCAAGCCCCCCUACAAAAUCGAGAGGAGGCGUUAAAGAGUGCUAUUAUUGCAAUAAAUCCGGGCAUUUUUCACGAGUGUGCAAGUUCCGUUUACGUAAUAUCCGGCCUGUGUGUAAUGAUACGUCUUUUGCGUAUAGAAGCUCGUACUACAUAUUUUAGUCCGGAACCUUAUGCGUAAAUCGAAUUAUCAUAUUGUUUUCAACGACUGAUUUGUGUACCUUUGUAAGAUUAAAUAAAAAGGUAUACUACCGAU